AUGGGAUCAGAUUUUUCCAUGAAUAACUUGAAUUUAAUAUUAAUAAUAGUCAUAAUUGCAGCUAUCUUAGGCUUAAUACUCUUUAUUUUUGUUGUUGUCAAAUUGUAUAAUAUUAUUUCAAAAUCUAAAAUUGAACCAUCAGAAGAGCAAAGCAGUGACUAAUAAUCAGUAGUAUAAUAACGCUGUAUAGAAGGAAUAUAGGUCUAAUGUGGUAGAAGUAGUAACUAAGAGUAAGACGUAGAGGUAGCUGGUAUAUGUAUUGAGCCUUAGAUACAACUAAAUCAAUAAAAUAAAAUCAGUGAGAAUUUAUCUAUAGUAGACAAAUCUCAAACCACUGAAAUAAUCCAUAACCAAUCAAUAAUUUAAGAAAGGGAAAUCACUAAUAUAGAAAAAAUUCCUUUCAAAUCUUCUAAUGCUAUAUAUCCCCUUUAAGUAUUAUAAAUAAAAAUAUAGUGA